CUUCCGUGAUUAGUUCCUACGAUGUCCAUUUCCCGCUGGUUCCGCUCUAGACGUGCGCGAAACGUUAUUUAUGCGAGUGUCAUGGCAACGUGUGACAGUAACAUGACAGCGUAACCUCGGUAACCUGUCAACAGCAUUGCAAACGCGAUGUGUGCCGCGCGGUCGUCCGCUUUUCAGGCGACUCCUUUGCCCUAUGAGUUGCUCUAAGAGUUUAGUUAGCAGUGCGCGGAAGUCUUGACGGACACGAAGACGUGCAUAAUGAUGUCUUACAUUAUAAGCAUAGCUGCUGUACUGUUUUGUCUUGCUACUUUCGUUCGGACCAUUCCUGUGCCAUCAAACGGAAGUCGCUCUCUUCCUGGAUUAACCGAAGAAAGUGUUCGCGAAAAGGUUACUGACUAUAACAAGAGUAGGUUUGCCAAUAUUAAACUUUCUCACCUCAAUGCAAGCCUAAUCAAGCCUCCGGACCACCUCGAAGGACUACCUAUGCAAAGGAACGGUAACCUGAAUCCACAGUACCGAAAAGAAGUCUUGCUGGGCACCGAGAGUUCAAAGCAAGAAGGCGAUGAAUCCCUCCUACGAACCGUGUUUGCAAAGGUUGACAUCAAUCAUGAUCGACAUGUGACCAUUUCAGAACUGGAAAACUGGAUUGCAGCGAAAGUUAAAGAGCAUUACACUCAGGCUGUCAGGGACAACUUUUGGAUAUUUUCUGCGCUUGACAAAAACCACGACGGGCUAGUGUCUUGGGAGGAGUACCAUGUGAAUUUUAUGAUAGAAAAAGGCUUUGAUGACAAAUAUGCUAAGAACCACCCAGAGGAUCACAGGACUCUUGACAGAGAUUUGAAGGAGAAGAUUCUACUUGACAAAGCUAUGUGGUUUGAAGCAGCUAACUCUCACCAGGAUGCAUUGAACAUUGACGAAUUCCUUACCUUCCGGCACCCUGAGCACAGUCAUAUCUCACUAAUCAAAAUGGUGAAUGACAUCAUCAGCAGCCUUGAUGAAAAUGGAGAUGAACAGCUUUCCGAGGAUGAAUUUUCUCAACUUGGACCUGAUGAGAUGAAACGCACAACAAAAGAAGAGUGGAAAAAGGAACGAAUCCAGGAGUUCCGCCAGAAUAUCGACCUCAAUGGAGAUGGACAGGCCAGUCGACAAGAGUUGCUGAUGUACAAUGAUCCUGAGAACCCUAUUCAUGCAAGAAGUGAAGCACGAGAACUGGUGCAACAGGCUGACAGCAAUGGGGACAACCAGUUAAGCCUGGAGGAGGUUCUUUCCCAAAAGGAUGUAUUUCUCGGAAGCAAGAUGGUCAAUACAGCCAAGAAUAUCCAUGAUGAAUUUUGACGACUGCUGCCUCAAUGCUUCAGGCUUCCAACACCAAAAGUAUCGAAAACUGGGCAUGUAUGUUCACCGCACACAUGCCCUGAGGGGAUUGUUACAUUUGUUUGAUGCAUAGAAUAUGUACUACACUGUCAAGUCAUGAAUUUUCUUAUCAGCAGUGCACAAAUUAUUCUUUGCCGCUGUGGCAUCUAGGGCUCUUGAUAGAGUAUGGCCUUUCAGCAUUAUUUCAACUUCAUAGAAAUCUCGAGUGCAUUCACCAGUACGUACAAAUUUGUAAGUGAUGAUAAGUGGUGAAGUGUGGGAAGUUCGUACUUGUUAGAAAUUGUAUUUCACCUUAGGUGCUCAGUAGUGCACCGUAUGUGCUCUCCUGGCCACUGACUUUCAAUUAUAUAUGUACAGGGACUGUGUGACAACGUAACAAGGCACAGCAAUGCACUAUGCAAGUGUCAACAGUGGAAACUGUAACAUUAAGUUGCCAUAAUGCACGAAAUUGGCUCCUUCACUGUUGCAUGUACCGUGCUUAGGAGGGUUGAUUUGCUGGCUGUUGAUUAAAGGGAGACAUAACUAGUCCAAAGCAACAAAAGUUUUUUUGCACUUGUGAAGUCCACUAAAUAUCCUUUAUGAAGAAUUUCAACAAGAUCAGAUACAGUUUGAUAAAAAAAAAAAGGGGACAUCUGCAAUGCCUGCAGUUAUAGAUAAUUAUGGCAUUCAGUGAUACAUGACAAGAAAUUACUGUUGCCGUUCCGUUAAAACAUUUAAAAUCCACUAAUGUCCACUAAAUGCUUUUGCAAAUCAGCUAAAAGAUGAGUUCAGAAAAUUGUUCAGAAAAUUUGCAAUAUCUCCUAAAGGUGCUUGUUUUCUGCCAUAUGGGCUAAAAAUGCACUGUGGCUAGCGGUAUAUCACUAAAAUGGCAACAUUGCAUGGGCAUGACCUCAUUACGUACGAAAAGGGCUCCAUACCCUCCAUUCUAAAUAGUAUCCACAUUCUGCACUGCCAGUACAGUUGAACCUCAUUUAAACAUGAGAAUACCUUCGUUAUGUCCAAUGUUCAUUAUAAUCAUAUAUGCUUUACAUGCUAACAUCGGCAAAAAAUAUUUGAUUUACUUCAUUAUGUCCAUGUUCUAUCUAGGUUCAGCUGUUCUCUGUUCUAAAGUGCAUGCACUUUGGGCAUGAUUGUGGCGAAAUUUAAGUAGGGUGAUGAUCUGGGUUAAGUGACUACAUUGUAAUUAAGGUUUACUGUAAGGAGGGGUCUAAACAAAUAAAUAAAAUAAAAAUAAUGUGUUGGUUUGUGACACCAUGGUAAUGCCCUUCAGUGCUACUGUCACCUUCACUCUGAAAGUGCAGUUAUGAUGGCAAACAAGUGAAUUCAUCGCUUGACGAUUUUUGUAAUUGGAAUAUUUUGUGCAAUAGAUCAUGAACAGUUUUGUGCAUUUUCUGUGAUUGGUGCACAAGGUUUUUUUCACACAGUCCCUGUAUGAGGCAGGUCUUUUUGAACAGUGACAAAGAUUACACAAACUGUGGUGUGAUAGAAAAGCUCUCAGCUGCAUUACGCCACAUUCGGUGGCUUUAAGUGAACACGUGCAUACUUGAAAGUGCUGUCUUUUUUAUGUAAUAUUUUUUAUGAAUUGUUUUUUCUCACUUGAGAAAAUUUAAUUGUUCACAUGUAACCUACAGCUGAACUGUUGGUAGUCAUUCUUGUUGCAAUGUUCUUACAACUGUAGCGCUUUCUUCUACUUAAUUCACAAUUUAUUUGCUUAUGAAAUUUCACCUUCAUUUAUACAGGAACAAAUGUGUACUAAUUGUUAGUACUUAAGUCUAAGAAAUGUGCUUAAGCACAACUGCUAGCGCAAAAACCUUUUGUUUGGUCAGAAUGUCAGUGCUAUUUGCCACUGAUGGUGGAUCAACUAAUUGUUAGUACUUAAGUCUAAGAAAUGUGCUCAAGCACAACUGCUAGCACAAAGACCUUUUGUUUGGUAAGAAUGUCAGUGCUAUUUGCCACUGAUGGUGGAUCAAUUUAUGAGAGAUGAACACAGCUGAGUGAGCUGAAUGCAGAGCAAAUAUAUUUGCCCAGUUGUGCUGCAAUAUUUUACCAAUUAUACAAGGUAUGCACUGCUGCAUGUUGCAAUGCUGCUUCCAAAAUCUUCCUGAAUUUACAAAAAAAAAAAAAAAACUUUACUUUUUGCAAAUGUCUGUAGAGAUUGUAGCAUUUGAACUUGCAGUCCCAACACAGAUAUCCUAUAGAUUGAAUGAGAGCAAUAUGUAAUGCCAUGUUUUUUUACUGUGAUAUCUGUACAGAAAAGCGCAUGAAUCUGUGAUAGCAGCAACAAAGCAGACACCCCAGUGCUGCGCCAUAUGGUUUUCAGGUGCAAUGCUUCUUGAAUCUUGGAAGUUAUUUUUUGUUCUACAGUAGCAUAACACUUAAAAGAUUACUUGCACUAUCACUUCCAUUUCACAAUAUGUGAUGUUGGUUGCCACUCAUGGUUAUUGCAUGUACAUUUUUACAGGUUUUAUGCACCCGCUUGCUGCUUCUGUAGCUAACACUUAUGCUGUGCAAGCCACGAAUUUGUAAUGUGCCAGUUUUGUGUUAUUCAAUGAAUACUGCACAUAGUGUUCAGUUGAAGUUUCUCGUGUUUGUGCUAACAUGUCUGCCACAGCUGAGAUUAGUUUUUACAGAAGAGUGAAGCUCAAAGACGAGCUGCAGUAAUUUUUGUUGAAAUGAAAGCAAUUGGCUAAUGGGUAAGUAAGCAUUGGCUAAUUCAUUCCACAUUACAGCUCAGGAUGGGCGCAAAUGUCCAAAACACCUAGUAUGCAGCCUAUUGUUUAGUGGGGGAAUAGCUGACACUGCAAUGGUUCAAUGCCACCGGAAUGAUGGGCCUCAGAUGGGUUCUUGUUGACUCGCAUGCUGUGAUAUGCAUUCUUUGGCAAGUUUUUAUUGUCUUCUUCCCGUUUUGUUUCUGAAGAUUUGUUAUUGAGGUUGGUAGUUCAGUGCUAUUACUACAAAGUUAUUCAACUUUUGUGUAUUCCUAUUUUUCAUACCUACUUUCUCACCAACAUGCAACAAUGCAAUAUACAUGUGUAGUGCUGCUAUUGGAAGCGGACAUUAUUUACUGAGCAGAUUAUCAGUUUGGUAAACUUACAACCUUGCCGCUUUAUAGUGGCUUUAUCAUGUUUUCUGAUGAAUUUUGUACAAAAAAGUAUAAUAUGCAGUUUUAGUAAUGCAUCACUGUGUUAUUGUUGCCAAGCAGGGCAUUUAUGCAGCCAUAGCUUCAUCACACACUCAGACCUCACCCAAACAGGGCUUGCAUUUCCCAUCAUUUUCAUGGUGGCCAAAGCACCCCUGAAGUAACCCGUGCAGAUGCCAGUGCCGUAUUUUCUUCUAAGGCACAUUCGACUGGUUACAUUCAAGCCCUCUGGAUAGUUCUCACAGUGUGCUUUCAGUUUGGCUGGGCAAAAUUGAGCACUUGGAACACAUUCACUUUGUCCAUUCAGAACACCAUGCUCCAUAUCAGAGUGCGUAGAGGCGAUCUUACAUUUGUUCUGGAAGUGUAAUCGACGUGCAGCAGAGUGCCAUUCCAGCAGCUACAGCAACUUCUAUUGUCGACGCGACAUCUUCAAAUGUGCUGCAGGCUUUUCUUAUUUAGAAGAGAAGCAGUGCUAUGCAUGAUUGCUUUCAAUCUUCGACUGCUCUGGCAAGCAGCUGAACAUUUAACGCUCAAUCAAUGUUCCAAUCAAAGGCGGAGCGUGGCAAGCACCACUCGAAUGUGCCAUUACAAGUUCUAUGGCCCAUGCCCUUUGACUUCUUUUAAAUUAAACCACUUUUACACGCUCUGUAGGGGUAAAAUUAAUAGAAGUUGACCGUGUAUGAACAUAGCACUUCCUUUAACUUUGCCUAUGGCUGCUGUUAGCAGGAUCCCGACUGUGUAGUGUUGCUGUUUUUUCCACUCUCAGCAUUGUCUUUCCGUCUCGAAGCUUGUAUGGCUCAUCUGGAUCCUAAAAGAACUAAGAACUUGCGGCUUUCGGGGGUGUUUAAUGAGGAGGUAAACAUGUACGCCACCUUCCGUGCUAUUGCUAUCGUUACUAGUUUUCCACUACAAGUCAUGCAGAGAACCUGAGGGAGCCCCCUCGCAUCUUAAUACGAUGCUCUACCAGCAAGGGAUGCAGCAGAUCAUCUUGACUGGACAAGAAACGUACUGCUGUAAAGCUCAGUUAUAGAAAAAAUUCAUAACGUCCCAUAUUGUGCCAUUGGAACUGUGUGAACAUAACCAACGUGAAAUAUAUUGCACAUAUUGAACUCUGGGCACUUUUGCAACCGCCAGUAGUGCUUUCACUCUUCCCCGCAGCAUUAGCAGUGCAUGCCACUGCUUUGCAAGGUCAGUAGACGAUAUGCAAAAGUCCGUAAGCACGCUUUUCCACAGAGCUAACUUUCCCAAACUAAGAUGGCCCGCAUUCCGGCUAGUAGCGCUGUUAAAGCUGAGAAAUGCGUUUUGAAACCUUGGACGGUGCAGGGAACGGGCAGUGGCAAGAAUUGCAUGUUGAUACUUCAAUUGCAACUCUGGCCCAAGGUCCGCAAUCUUGGUUACGUCAAAGAAAGUGUGUGGAGAAGUGUACUUGUGGGUUUUGCAUAUUGUCUAUUAAACUGUCAUUCUUAACAUUGUCUUCCUUUCAGACACAAUUUACACAAUUAUGUAUUCGGCUGCAUUAUGCCAAGUGCCUUGUUAUAUUAUGAAAGCUAAGCAACGGUAGAGUUGGUAUUAUAUUUUUGCAUGAAGUAAUUUUACCAAAAUAUAGUCAUGUUCCCAAUGUGGCAUAAUAUAUCUUUAAAAAGCACUAGCUGGCUGCACAAGUGCAAGAGCAACAAGACUCUUUAAGAAGCAGUUGUAUUGCUACAAUAAAUAUGCUUAUUUCCAGCACCCAUUGCUGCGGCAUGACGCUGUGGGUUUGACUCCCAGCAACAGCAGCCACGGCAUCCCUUGUUCAAUGAAAUCGCAAUUAACAAAAAUACUCAGUGGUUCAAUGCAAGCGAGUUACAUUGUAACAUAGGUCCAGAAUUACACUGUUUCAAGCGUUUAAGUCAGUGUCCAGCUCAAUAGCACGCAAGGCGAGAUUACAAUUAGUGGAAUGGAGCAUACAUUCAUUUUCAUGUUUACAAAGCUGAUUUUUCUGUCCUUGGUGCUUCACUAGCAUGCACUCAAGGAAAUCAUAGGUGCAAGUUCCAGCCUAAAGAACAAAUCUGGGUCUAUGAUAUUCUACUAGAGGAGGAAUCAAACCUUAACAACAAACAAUGGGUGUCCCGUUAGAGUAAAGCAGUAUAUUAGAAUACCAAGGGAAGGGAGCACAUAACUAGCAGUGAUGAAGUGGUUGGUGCAGCAUUGCAAGAUAUUUAUGCUGGUGAGUUGUGGUCCACGUUUCAUUCUGUAGUGUAAUAAGCAGAAAGUGGCUCUUCCAUUCAGUGUACAAAGAAAAAAAUAA